AUGUCUUAUUAUAUUAUAUUUGGUAGUUAUAAAGACUUUCUUGAUGCAAAACCUCUCGCUGGUUCAGGUGUUAAACAAUUAACAAGUACUGAAUUUCCUUAUGUAGCAGCUAUUGCUAAUAUUUUGUAUACCACUUUGGAUAAUAUAAUGCAUGCAAUAGUUACUUACUUUGUACCAAAUUCUUAUUUGUAUGGAUUAGAUGCUACUAUUGUAACAUGGACUACAAGUAGUUCUGGGCAUAUUUCAAAAAUCAUGGAAAAAGGAACUGUAAAUAUUUUAUCAAAUGAAAUUUGUCAACAAAAAUGUAUGAUAUUUGGCCAAGAAACAGUUAUUAUUCCUCAAAGAAUGUUGUGUAGUUUUGCCGAUCCAUACGUAAUAUUAACUUCUGGUGACAGUGGUAGUCCACUUAUAUUGAAUGGAGGUCUCAUCGCCAUUAAUUCUGGCGUAUAUCCAUAUCAUUCAACAAGAUCUCUAAUGAAAGAUGCAGCAAGAUUUGCCAACGAAAAAUUGCAGUUCCCCUAUGAAUCACAUGAACUGCAGCAGAUUAUUUGUAUUAUUGGCCAGCGUAGCACAUGGGAUUUUGCAAAUGCUUUGACCGGAGUAAAUGUCAGGCAAGCAGAAGAAAACGAAUUUUCGUUUGUUGUCGGUGUGGCAAGAAUUAUGAAUUCUAAUCCACUAGUAGUUCGUAAAAUUUGUAUUGGUACACUUAUCAACAAGAGAAAUGUUCUGACUGCUGAACAUUGUUUAUCUGGCCAAACUUUGUCACGAACUGUAAUAAUUGCGGGCUCCGUCAAUAUAACCGCUGGUACAAAUUAUCGAAUAUUUUGGUGGUUAACGUAUAAUCAGUGGAUGAUUCGACAAAAUAUGCAAGCGGAAUUUGAAAUGAAUGACGUAACUGUAAUAAGGUUACUUACCGAUGUUCCAGCUGCGGUCGCCCCUGCCUCUAUGUCUCGUCAAGUUAAUGCUUAUUAUUAUGGAUUGAAUCUUCAAAUUGCAACGUGGACUAGAGAAACUACUGGAGAAAUUUACAGUGUUAUGCAUGUAGGGACGGUGACAGUUUUAUCAAAGAAUGAUUGUGAAAUACGAGCUGGCAAUCUACGUGGCCGCGACGUCCACGUUCCAGAAAGGCUUUUAUGUUCGGCUGCCCAGCCGCCAAUAUUUUUGAAUCCAGGUGAUAGUGGUGGUCCCCUUUUCUAUCAAAAUAAUAUCGUCGCUAUUAACAGUGGAACAUUUCCAAAUAUAGAACCAAUAUAUCAUCCAGCAAAAGUGAAUAUUCAUUUUGGUAGCACAUGCGAUUUCGCAAACGCUUUGACGGGAGUAAAUGUCAGACAAGCAGAAGAAAACGAAUUUCCGUAUGUUGUCGGUGUUGCGCAAGUUUUGAGAUUAAAUCCUUUGCAAGCUUACAAACUAUGUGUAGGCACACUUGUCAGUACUAAGGAUGUUCUAACGUCUGAACAUUGCUUAGUAAGCCAAAAUUUAAUGCAAACUAUCGUAGUCGGUGGAUCAAACGAUAUACUCUACUGUACACAAUUUCGACUGUAUUGGUGGGUAUCGUACAACCAGUGGAUGUUCCAACAACAAAGAGAAACCGAAUUUGUAGCUAACGAUGUGAUGAUAAUAAGGCUACUCUCAAUCUUUGCAAACGCGGUCCCUGCCACUGUAUCCUUCAUUGAACAGGACUUGUAUUAUGGAAUGGAAAUGAAGAUUGCAACAUGGACUAGGACAUCGAGUGGACAUCUUCAUACUACUAUGCACAUGGGGACUGUGACAGUUUUAUCACAUAAUGAAUGUAACAGGCGGAUUGGCGAGCUACGUGGUCGUCCUAUGGCGAUGCCCGAAAGGCUCUUAUGUACAGCUGCGAAUCCGCCAAUAUUUUUGAACGCCGGCGAUGAUGGUGGUCCACUAUUAUUUCACAAUACGAUUAUUGGUAUCAAUAAUGGAAUAUACCCACACAUGGAACCACAGUACCACCCGCUGAAAGUCAAUGUACAUUUUGGUGUUCUUUAUUACAGAGAAUAUAUUCUAGCUAUUCUGAAUUUAGUAUAA